AUAAGUACCUGUAUUUUGACCACUGGACAAAAGCAGUUAUUGAAAUAAAUAAAAUUUAGAUUGAAAUAUUUUUGUAUUGAAUAUGGAAGACGUAGAUUCUCGUUCUAGAAAAAGGAAAAUAAAAGAUGUUGAUGAUGAAAAUCAAAAACCUAGUAUAAAAAAGAGAAUAACUACUAAAGCAAGUAGUAAAAAACUCGUCACAAUUAAGGAAUUGUUAAGUGACAAUAGUGAAGAUGACAAGCCUAAGAAGAAAGUCAUUAAAAAGCAAAUAAAAAAAGACAUUAAUGAUGAUAAGCCCAAGAGAAAAAUAAUAAAAAAACAAAGUAAAAAAGAAUUAGACGUAAAUGAUGACACUGAUAACGAUAUUAAUCUUAAUAGAGAAAUUCCAUAUGAAGAAUGCAAUAGCUUAUUCAAUGAUGCUGAAAUGCUAUCAAAUUUUGAAAAAAUUACUCCAGUCUUAGCUCAAAAAUUUAUUUCGUUAAUAAAUGAAGGUUGCACACUACCAUUUAUCGCUAGAUAUAGAAAGGAAACUGUCGAUCAUCUUAUGCCAGAUCGACUUCAAGAUAUUUAUGAAAGUUAUCAAAAUGUGCUACAAUUUAAAAAGAAAGUGAAAUCUGUUUUGGAAACAUUAAGAAAAUCUAAGAAACUGACACCAGAGAUCGAACAAAGCAUAUUAAAAACAAAAAAUCUAUCUGAACUAGAUUUAGUAUAUGGACCCUUAAAAUCACAUUCUGUGUCCUUAGCAGAAAGGGCCCGCAAUUUAGGCUUAGAAAAAUAUGCAGUGAGGGCUUUGAAUGAUGAAUAUAUUGAUUUGAAUUCACUUUGUGAUGGUUCAGAGGAACUAUCAAGUGUCGAUAAAAUAGAAACUCAUAUAAUGCACAUUGUAGCAGAUAUCAUGUAUAAGGAUGCAAGAGUUCUUCAACAAAUGAGGACAUUGAAAGAAGAAACUAGAUUUACUCUACAAAGUAGUCGAACGAAGAGUUCUACUAAGGAAAAGCAAGAAGGUGAUAACAAAAAGCUUGAUAAUAGAUCAGAUCCAGAAACAUACAAAUUAUAUUUUGAUUGGAAGUGUCCCGUUGCAUUCGUAAAAUGUUACCAGACAUUGGCUGUUAACAGAGGUGAGGAAGAAAAAAUACUCUCUGUGAAAGUUAUUAUACCUGAUUGGUUUUACAAUAGACUUGAAAGGUUUUGUCAAACUCUGUGGAGAAGUAAUCAUUGGGUGAAUAAGGGACUUGGCGACGCAUAUAAUCGUCUAAUAAAACCAUGGCUCUCUAGACAAGUGCGAUCAGAACUAACGAAUGCGGCACAAAAAGAAGCCGUCAAAACAUUCUCAGCUAAUUUGGAAAAAUAUCUUUUAACAGAACCGAUAAAGAAUAGAAAUAUAGCAGGAUUAGAUCCAGGGUUCAAGGCUGGCUGCAAAGUUGGAAUCAUAGACAAUACGGGAAUGAAAUUAGAAGCUUGUAACAUAUACCCAAAUUUUCAUUGCAAUAAUAACGAUCCAGCUGUUAACCAGUUAAGAAAUCUUCUUAAAAAGCAUAGAGUAGAAUUAAUCGGUCUAGGCAAUGGUACAGCAUGUCGUGAAACCGAAUCUUGGCUGAAAAAACAUUACAUAUCUGAUGAAAUACCAGUAAUUAUUGUGCCUGAACAGGGUGCGUCCAUUUACUCUAUCAGCAAGGAGGCGCAGAAGGAACACCCAAACAUGGAUCCAAAUUUGAUAUCAGCUUUAUCAAUCGCAAGGAGAGUAUUGGAUCCUUUGGGAGAACUGAUAAAGGUUGAACCUAAGAAUUUAGGCGUCGGACUUUACCAGCAUGACAUUCCUCCAAAAAUGCUGGAAAGUGUUUUGGAUGCAACCGUGGAAAAGGUUGUUAGUUUAGUUGGAGUGGAUAUUAACACAGCGUCACAAGCAAUGUUAAGACGGAUUUCUGGAUUAAAUGAAAGCCGAGCGAAGAAGAUAAUAUCGUACCGUCAAGACAAUGGCAGUUUUAAAAUGAGAGCGGAGAUUUUGAAAGUCAGCGGAAUCGGAAAAAUAACUUACCAACAAUGCGCGGGUUUUUUGAAAGUAUUGGGAGGCUCGGAACCUUUGGAUUCAACAAUUGUACAUCCAGAAAGUUACACUGUUGCGAAGUUAUUCGCUAAAAAAAUAGGUGUUAAUAUUAAGGAUCUAACAAAACCUCGAUUCCCCGAAGAAGUUGACAGAAAAGUAGCAACAAUAGACCAUGUAUCAAUGAGCAAGGACUUGAACACUGAUAUCAGCACUCUCGAGUUAAUAGUAAAUGCUUUCAAGCAAAAAACAUAUGAAGACAACAUGAUAACAUUCUGCAGACCUGUUUACUCACUAUCCGUUCAAGCUCCCGACCAAUUGAAGAAGGGCACAAGUCUCACAGGUGUUGUUCGUAAUGUAGUGCCAUUUGGAUGUUUCGUUGACUGUGGCGUUGGAGACAAUGGACUCAUACACACGAGCAAGAUGGGUAACGCAACAUUGAAACUAGGAGAUAGAGUUGCUGUUACAGUUAUUGCAACUCCCAAACCAAAGAAGCUACAACUAAAACUUGACAACAUUCUUGACUGAUAUAUUUAUUUUGCCUAUUUUUUCCGAUAAGAUCUGUUUUUUUUUUUUUAAUAAAUGCUAAUUCAAUGAAA